AUGCAUCUGUAUCCGACGCGCGCUGUACUGGAAGGGGCAGAGGUUGAGAUAUCCACGCUGCUUUCCUACGAGCACGCAGAAGCCCGUGGAGAGGUUGGCCUCGUCAAGAAACUGCUAAACGCCGGGGCAGGUGGCGGUGCGGGAUGGAGCGGGUGCCAUGGCCGGACUCUGCUCGAUGCUGCUGCCCUGGGCGGAAACCCCGACGUCGUAACAGCGUUGCUCAGAGCAGGAUGUCUACCGGACGUCAACGCGGUAUCAGUCUCGUCCAGGAGGUCGGCGUGGCACCUGUCGGCUGUGUGCGGCCACGAAGCUGCCGCCAGGAAGCUUAUUCUAGCCGGAGCUGACGCAGACCGUGUUGACCCUGCUGAAAAAUGCGGUCCUCUCCACGUCGCCGCAGCUGGAGGGCAUUGUAGUCUAGUGGGCGAUUUGCUGAUCGGUGGAGCUCAUCCGAAUGCGCGCGACUUGUUGGGGCGUACUCCUCUGUACCGUGCUGCUUACAUGCGCCAAGAUAUGGUGGUGGCAGUGCUCACGGACAUGCCGAGUACGGACAAGGACAUUUUGGACUACCGCGAGUUAACUCCGUUGAUGGUGGCGUUGCAGAGGGGCCACCUCUCCACCAACAAGACUCUUUUGAACGCCGGUGCUGAUGUCAGCAUACGUCCCAGGCACGAAAAUUCUGCUCUUCAUCUGGCCGCCCGGCAGGGACAGGUGGAGAUCAUAAAAGCCAUCCUGGAGCAUGGGGCCGACGUCAACGAUUCAGACUCCAAUGGCUUGACCGCUUUACAUGCCGGCUGCAUGUCGAACCAAGCAGGCGCCGUGAGCGUUGCACCGGGCAUGUUUAUGGCGCCCGGUUUCGAUGCGAUUGUGGAUCUGCUCUUGAGGUGGGAGGUGUCAGAGUUGACCCUCGACAAUGCCGGUAGUACGCCCGCUGCACUACUCAGUGUUGCAGAGGGUAGCUCUUCUCGCACGGCACGCGAAGUGGAACGUGCACACGCGUUGCUGGCGAAUACUCCGGCGGACAGGGCGUGGCGGCGCCGGAGCUGGCUUGUUAUGCUUCGUGCGAGGACAGAGGGGGAAAGGGUAAUGCACUCGGCCAGCAAAGGUAGCAGCAGUAGCAGUGAAACGGAAGCGGCUGGCCGAAUGAUGCUGCGGAACAAAGACAGAGGUGGUGGUAACAAGGUGCCACGGACAGCAAACGGUGGAGGUGGUGGUGCUGGAAGCGUAGGGAAAAACAAUUAGCUCCAAGUUGUGGGAGGUUGGGCGAUUUGGGUGGCUUAGUGGCGAAGCUGUUUGACGUCCUGACAGAGUCAGAGGGGGUGUUCCGCACCGUUUUGGGCCACCUCUGAAGAGUCGGGACCUGUAAACAAGCAGGUAGGAGCGGAGACCCCGACGAGAAGGCAGAUGGGGCCGCGACCAGCCCGGGGAACGUCGACAUCCCUCUCAACUGUUCGAAGUGCGACGACUGGCGUUCCUUCGACGACGUCACAGCCCGGAACGACGGGCAGAUGGGCAUCCCGCAAGGGAUCGUUGACGACGAGCGGAAGGUGGUCUCCCUGCGGCAGGGGCGGCACCGGCAGUGUGGAAGCUGCUGCUGCAAUCCUCCCAAAAAUGCCACGGUGAUGAUUGAGGGCGUGGUGUAAAAGGUCGAAGCUGGACGGACAAACGAUUCCGGGAGUGGAAGAGGCGGAGCACCGCGUGACAUGAUGAUGGCUAGAAUCCGACAAGCGGACGAGGUUGGGGGGGGGCGGGGUUCCUGUCGGCCAAUCCCCUUUACCCUGGUUUUGGGGUUUUGAGAGUAGCAACGUUGUUAGGGGGAGGAGUAGGCAGCAUUGUUGCGUCAUCACGACAAAUGUGUAAGAACCCAAAAAGGGUCAGUUAGUGUAGAUUAGGACCCCUUGUGUUUUCCUUGUUAUAUGAUGCCGACGCGUGCGUCGCUCGGCACGAUCGCCCUCGUUUGAUGCACCAUGUACCAGUACAAUGUGUGCAUGUAUGUGAUGCGAUAGUAUUUCCAACCCAAUCAUUUGUGUGUGGCAUGGGGUAGAGAGAAAGGGGGGUGGGAGGGAGAGACGAGAGGGAGAACGAGACAGAGUUUUUUGCGUUUUCCGUGGUCUGUUUUUGAUCAGCAGAGAUUCAGUGCAUAUAUUCCGAGUUUGAGGUUUGCUUUAGAAGGCAUCACGAUUGAACGUGACUUUCGCGCAGUCAAGCGCGGUUACAGACUGCUUGAGCUGUAGGUGCUACCACGGAUUGCGCGCACCACACCUGCGGCCUACUGUGCUGUCCUGCAGCGCUGUGUCUUGCUGUUCGUUGUCACUUUUUUGUGGGAUGCACACACCGCGGUACACGAACGCACCAUAGCGUGGGGGCUGACGUGAUGGCCAGCAAUGUGGUAAGGAGUAACAUCGCCAGCGAAAGAAACAACAGGGAUGAAGACUGGGGAGACCGAGUAUUUGCUGUAGACAGAGAAUGUCCGCAGUGGAAG